GUUGGUUGCGUGAUUCCAAUUCUUGGCCCUUCCCCGAGGUCGACAAAGCGUGAAAGCGUAGUCCAAGCCUUCAAAGCCAACAGGUAAAAAGUGGAUGCUCCGCGGGAUCAAGCCGCUGAACGACCCCCACUCCCCCCCUUGGCAGGCCAAUCAGACCCACUCACGACGACGUCGACCUGGACGCCAGUGCAAUUGCGCAAUCUGUGCCAGGAAUAAUGCCACAACCACCCGUCACUAUCACAACCACCGCAAACAAACUACGACAAGCUGUUAGUGGUCGCUUAAUGCUUCCUGAUGCACCUUCGUACCUCCAACCCACGCGACGUCCCCGCACCACGUCUAUGGACAAUAGACAAUCCGAAUGCAGUACGACGCAGCGAGAGUGCCAUGUCGACACGACGACUGGUGGAGUCUGGGCAACGACACUAUCCAUGAUCCUGGGACAGACUUGCAUAGCAGCAUGCAGGGUCUGUCUUGAGCUCAAAGUUUAAACAUCGUUGCUUUCCCCAGUUUCUCGCGUCUCACUGGUGUCUCUUGUGUCUCUCCACGGUCUGCUGUCAAGGAGUGACCCGGAUCAACACCUCGACCUUCCCAAUCUGGGUCUACAUUCCGACAUCACCUUCACCACGACGUACCGAGCACCUCUCGAAUAUGGGCUUCCCAUCCUUCUCCGCCUUGCGCGGAAAGCGUGGUGAAGAUGUAUCAGUCUCGAAAAAGGGGUCUGAGUAUGGCGUGGCUGUUGAGAACAAUGCCGGUAUAUCCGGCUCCGAGUCGGACGACUUCGCCGCCAUUGACCCAAACUCGGGCGUGAAGCGCGGCCUCAAGACCCGUCACCUUUCCAUGAUGGCUCUUGCCGGCAUCAUUGGACCCGGUCUUCUCAUUGGAUCGGGCCGAGCUCUGGCAAAUGGUGGCCCGGCUGCUCUGUUGAUUGGCUUUGGCGUGAUUGGUAUCAUUGCCUUUUCUAUUAUGCAGAGUCUGGGUGAACUCACCACGCUGUACCCGACCGGCGGUGCUUUUACCGGGCUGUCAGACAGAUUCGUUGACAAGGCGUUUGGUGUGGCUGUUGGGUGGAAUUACUUUAUCAUUUGGUUCUGUGUCUUGGCGAACGAGUACAACGUCAUCUCGAGCAUCAUGGUUGACUGGACGGAUGCCAUUCCCAUUUGGGGGUGGUUCUUGAUUUUUUGGUUCUCCUUCACCGCCUUCCAGAUGUUGGGUGUCGAAACCUUUGGCGAGGCCGAGUUCUGGCUGGCGCUUUUCAAGCUUGUUGGCUUGAUCGCCUUCUUCUUCUUCAGCCUGAUCUACGCAUCUGGUGGUGUGAUUGGCGCCGAAGCUAUUGGAUUCAGUUACUGGCGUGAACCCGGUGCCUUUACGGAUGGCUUCCGCGGUGUUGCCUCGGUCUUUGUUUUCUGCAGCACCUUUUACGCCGGAGUCGAAUCCGUUGCCGUCGCCGCCACCGAGACUAAGAAUCCCCGUCGCGCCGUGCCAUUGGCCAUUCGACAGGUAUUCAUCCGCAUUGUGGUGGUGUACAUGGGCAGUGCCUUUUUCUUCGGGCUCGUCUGCCCCGCCAACAGCCCCGACCUGACAUCGGCUACACAACGUGCAUUGCGCAGUCCCAUGACAAUCGCCAUCGCGAACGCCGGGUGGGAGGGCGGCAAGCAUCUGAUCAAUGCUUUUAUCCUUGUCACUUGCCUUAGCGCCGUCAACUCUUCCAUCUUCAUUGGCAGUCGCACCAUUCUGUUCAUGGCUCAGACUCAAAAGGCUCCCAAGUUCUUGGGAUGGACCAACAAGAGAGGUGUCCCCGUCCCUGCCAUCAUCUUCACCAACCUGUUUGGUGCAUUGAGCAUGAUGAAUGUCAGCACGGGUGCCCAGGAUGCCUACUCCUACAUUGUCAACCUCAGCGGUGUCUCUACCUUUUUGGUAUGGGCCGCCAUCAGCUGGACUCAUAUCCGCUUCAGAAAGGCUUGGGCAGCUCAGGGACACUCCGACUCCGAGCUGCCUUUCAAGUCAAUGCUCUACCCCUACAAUGCCUGGUUUGGUCUCGGCACCAACAUCUUCCUUGCCCUCAUCCAGGGCUGGGCCACCUUUGCGCCUUUUGACGCCGUCGACUUUGUCGACGCCUACAUUCUACUGCCUCUCUUCGGCGUCAUUUAUGUCGUCUACAAGUUCUGGAACAAGACAAAAACUGUCAACAUUCACACAGUCGACCUUCAGGAGGGCAGGAGAAAGGAUUUGGAUGAUGGAAGACGACCUCUCGCCGAUGGUGAGGAGAUUGACUCGACUUUGCCCUGGUAUAAGAAGCUGUGGAAGAGUCUCUGAUGCAUGGGUUUGCUGUAUGUGGAAUGCGAAACGUGUUACGAGUGUGUGGAUGGACCUAUCGACGGGAAGUGAUUUGGAGAUACCCCUUGUUGUUAAUGCGUUUAGUUGGGCAAGCAAUUGCAUGGAUUUAAUUUAUUGUUGUUCUACCCAAGAAAUCUUCAAUUUGGAACUAGACAAAUGGAUGUAUGACAUACUUUACCAUAUACGAUAA